GGGAAGUACACUCGGCGAAUCGGCACCAGUAUAAAUAAUAUAGGUACACGGCACAGUUUAUUAUUGUUAUACUGUUUGCAGAAUAUAGUUGUGAUUAAAUUUGUGUUUAAAUUAGCUCUUAUUUAAUUUUGUAAAAUAACAAAAUGGAUGUUGAAAUGGAGGAUAAUGGCUGUGAAGAGCAGCUCAAGGCCCGGCCGUACCAGGAACAACUGGAGGAGAUUGCUAUGCGGAAGAACACCAUCAUACAUCUACCUACCGGAUCGGGAAAGACGUACAUUGCUAUACGUGUGAUCACUCGGCUCAGGGCGGCCAUACAGAAGCCGUGGGGCGAAGGCGGCAAGAGGACAUUCUUCCUGGUUAACAACAUUCCAUUGGUGGAUCAACAGAGGAAUAUGAUCGAGCGCAGAUGUCCAGUGGACGGCGUCGCCGGCUACAGCGGCGAAGACCGCGUGGACUACUGGAACAAGGACAAAUGGGACGAGGAACUGUCCAAACACCAGGUGAUCGUGAUGACGAGUCAGAUCCUGAACGAUAUGCUGACGCACCAGUACAUCCGGAUAGAGGACAUCAACCUGCUGAUCUUCGACGAGUGCCACCACGCCGUGGUAGACCACCCCAUGCGGCUCAUCAUGAAGAAGUUCGAGGACUGCCCCAAGCAUAAACAACCUAGAGUGAUCGGCUUGUCUGCCACUCUGCUGAACGCUAACGCGGGCUCCGAGUAUAAGAUAGAGCUGUACCUGAAAGAUUUGGAGACAACCUUCCACGCCACCAUAGCCACGGUCGAUGAAUUCGGCGAAGUGCUAAAGUACAGCACUAAUCCAUACGAAAUGGUGCAGUACUACCAAACGCCGGUUAUGACCCGUGACAAUUUAAUGGCGAUAAAAAUACUGAACGAGGUCUCUGAAACAGUGUGUGCGAUAAAAUUACCACGAAUAAAGGGAGACGCCAACAUUCAACUGCGGAACGAUCAGCAAGACAUCUCUCAUGAUCCCAGGAAAGUUACAAAAGCGGUCGACAACAUGAUAACCGCCAUGAUAAAUAACAUAGGAGAGUUUGGCACAUACGGGGGGUCGGUCAGUAUUGUCGCGUACACGAUAUUGUUGGAGCGACUCAAACGAAAAGCAUCGUCUAAAGAGGAGGCCGCACUAUUUAAGAUCGUUAUCACGGCAGCUUUGUGUGCCAGAGAUAUACUGGAGCGUUCGAUGGAAAACGAAACAGGAUUCGACAAAAUAAAGAAACACUCUUCCGAACAGAUGUUGCAGCUACUGAGCAUCCUACGCGAAUACAAUCCGGCCGUUUACAAUAAUCCUGCUGAAUCAUUAAGAGUGAACCGUUCGCGGCAGCCGCUCUCAGGCAUUAUCUUCACCCGUCAGCGGUUCACUGCGAAGAUCCUGUACAACAUACUGAAGGAAGUCAGGCAGUGCAACCCCGAGUACCAGUUCCUUCAGCACGACUUCAUCACGGGCUUCAACGUGAACCCCUUCAACUGUACGCGCGAGCAAGUCUACCUGAAGAAGACUAGUCAGACGGCGCUCUUGAAGUUUUGUAACAAGGAACUAAACUGCAUGAUAGCUACGAGUGUAAUAGAAGAAGGAGUAGAUAUACCUCAGUGCUUGCUCGUUGUGCGGUACGACCCGCCAUUGGAAUAUCGAUCUUAUAUACAGAGCAAAGGUCGCGCUCGCAGUGCCGAUGCUUCGUACGUGAUUCUUAACAGCGCAGACACAAGGGACAAGUUCCAAAAGAAAUAUGCAUCGUUUCAGGAAACCGAACGGUACAUACAAAAGUUGCUUAUCGGCGAAACAGAGAAUCGCCUCGCACCGAGCUCCCGGAUGCUGCAACAUUUGUACGAAGAAGACGAAGUGCCGCCCUACAUGAACAAAUAUGGAGGACGGUUGUCAGCGGUACAGUCAAUAAGUCUGCUAAACCGCUACUGCAGCGUGCUUCCUCACGACCAGUUCACCACAAUAUCACUCAUGUGGAUCAGCGAAGACGGACCUAAACCAGGGCAAACUAUCAUCACUAUCAUGAUGCCGUUAGCUUGCCCGGUCAAAGAAAGCAUUAAGGGGGAUCCAUACUACAACGUUAAAUCGGCAAAGCGCUCUGCCGCGAUGAAAGCUUGCAUCAAACUGCACGAGGCCGGGGAGUUGGAUGCAGUCACGAUGCUGCCCAAACAUUACAGUAACGUGAAUUAUGACGAAGAAGAAAUGAAGCAAUGCUUCCCGAAUUGGCCGUGGGAUAACCCGGACACAAGUGACAUCGUCUCGAGCAAACGUGAACGGAAAUAUAAGAAAGCAUUUCCGGCCUGCCUCGACGGGCCGCAAGACUGGCAUUAUGGCCAGCAGAAUUUCUACCUUCACGUCAUACACUUAAAAGCGGCUUUCGACAAACCGAAGGAGUCAAGAGAACUGGCGUUGUAUGAGUUUCUGCAUAAAAACGAAGGUUUUGGCUUCUUGACGACAAAGCCUUUGCCGAAGCUGUGUGAUUUCCCGAUGUUCCUGACAGUGGGGGAGGUAACCACCUCCGUUGAAGUCAACUAUGCCAUCUUACCUCUCAGCAAAGACAUGUUUGAGCUCGUCAAGAGAUUCCACCUAUACAUCUUCGAGCAAGUCCUGGACGUGGCCCGCAAGUUCCUCGUGUUCGACGGCACAGUGAACGCACUGUACGUGGUGCCGGUGCACAGAGUGAACGGACUGUACGGCGUGGACUGGGCCGAGGUGAACGAGCUAAAGGAGGUGAAGCCCAUCGCGCCGCCUAGCUAUGAGGAGCGUAGAAAUCUGCGCGUGACGCGUGAGAGCUACAAACACAGCAUCAUCACUCCGUGGUACCGAAGCACGAUCAUGCCUGAUAGGUACGUAGUGUCAGACGUGUUGGAGUACUUGACUCCGCAAUCGCACUUCGGGCACGACCGAGAAGGCAGUGAGCGGUACGAAGACUACUACAACACCAGGUAUAACCUGGAAAUUGUCGGACAAAAAGAUCAGCCGCUGCUUGAGGUCCGUAACAUCAGCACCAGAAUGAACUGUCUGAUGCCGCGAGCGGUCACGCUGAAGACAAUCACCGACAAACAAAAGAAACUCAUCGCCAACAUCCAAGGAGAUGACAAGCCGCAAACAAAGAACACCUACCAAGAGAUACUCAUACCUGAAUACUGCAUCAAGUACGAGUUCUCAGGAGUUCUGUGGUACAAGGCGUGUAUGCUGCCUAGUAUUAUUCACAGGGUGUUAAUGAUAUUGGCCGCGGAUGAACUACGGUCACAGAUCGCGAGAGAAACAGGAAUUGGCGUGGUCGAACUACCUAGAGGUCAUCAAUGGCAGCCGAUAUCUCUGGACCUGCACAUCGCUACAAAGGCACUGUUGUCGCUGGUGGAAGCUCCGUCCGAAAUCAACACCAUAGAUAGGAUCAACAACCCCAUAGACGAGAGUUUGCCGCGGCCGGUCAACAUCGCGUCCAUGAAGGAGGUCAUCUACCAGCUGCAGAAGAAGAAGCUCAACCAAGACUAUCCCUGGGAUGAGACCAGCGAGCCGGUGGACAUAGAGCGCAACAUCCUGACAGUGACAGUGAUGGACGUGGAAUGUUACGACGAGUUCGUGUGCGCGGCGCUAGUGAGCCGAGACCAGACGGCCGCGGCGGGGUCGCCGCUGCGCGCGCGCACGCCCCCGCAGCGCGCCGCCAUCUUGCCGCCGCCAUUGACAUACAAGGAAAACAUAAACAUGCUGACGCAAGCGCCUUCGCAACGCGGUCCCGAGUUGAAAGACGUGUUGGCGGCACUCACAGUCAUCAAAUCAGGAGAUACAUUCAAUUUAGAACGAGCUGAAACUCUCGGGGAUUCCUUCCUGAAGUUCGCAGCCACUUUGUAUCUGUUCCACAAGUUCCCUCAGUGCAAUGAGGGGCAACUGACCAAUAUUAAGGGAAGGCUGAUUGGAAACAGAAACUUGUACUACGCCGGGGCGCGAGUGAAUCUGGGCGGCAGAAUGAAGCUGGAACAGUUUGGACCCAGGAAGGACUUCUUAGUGCCCGGGUUCUUGGCACCGAAGGAAUUACGAGAACAGAUAGAGGAAAUGCAGAUCCGCCCCACAAUCCUGAUCGGCGUGGAGUUCUCCCGCCCGGAGAUGCUGUCGGGCUGCCUCUCCGCCGACAGCCGGGCGGCGAUGGCGGCGCGGCUGGCAGACAGCUCCAGUGGGCAGGUGGAGCCCGAGCCGCCGCACGCCCCGCAGGCCGCCAUGCAGGCGUAUGUCGCCGCCACUGUUGCUAGGGAUAAGACGAUAGCGGACUGCGUGGAAGCCCUGAUAGGGACCUACUUGCUCAGCUCAGGGAUCCUCGGCGCGGUCAAGGUUCUGGAGUGGUUCCGCAUACUGCCGGCACAGGAUAACUUCAAGGAGUACCUCCACAAGCCAGUGCCGACAGCGCUGAGCAUGGGCAAGAUACAGGUGGACGACAUCGACUACCUGCUCAACAACUGCAGGGUCGACAUCGAGAGGAAACUCAACUAUACGUUCAGGGAUCCCACGUUUUUGCUAGAAGCCCUCUCACACCCGUCCUACAUCCGCAACCGCCACACUCGCUCCUACGAGCGGCUCGAGUUCCUGGGCGACGCGGUCCUAGACCUCCUCAUCACGGCGCACUGCUUCGAGCACUGCCGGGCGCUGCGGCCGGGCGAGCUCACGGACCUGAGAUCAGCGCUGGUGAAUAAUGUCACCUUCGCGGCCUAUGUCGUCAAGUUGGGGCUGCACAAGUACAUCUGCUACCAGCUGAACUCUCUCCUGGACCAGGCGAUCAUGUCGUUCGUGGAGCACCAGCAGCAGCGCGGCCACGAGAUAGUGGAGGACGUGCUCUACCUCAUCGACGAGGACGAGUGCCACAUCGCGCAGUACGUCGAGGUGCCCAAGGUGCUGAGCGACAUCUUCGAAUCCCUAGCCGGCGCGAUCUACCUAGACAGCGGGGGCAGCCUCGCGGCGGUGUGGAGCGUGUUCUACCGCGUCAUGUGGCGCGAGGUGGACGCCUUCUCCAACAACAUACCCAAGCAGCCCGUGCGCUUGUUGCACGAGAAUGUGCACGCCUGUCCGAAGAUCGGAACGCCAAUAGUGAUGAACACGGAUAUGCCCAAAAUCAUGGUGCCAGUCACGAUAUCAAAGAACGGAGUACUGACAACCGUCCACGGGGUCGGCAACAACAAGAGCCAAGCGAAGCGAGCCGCCGCCAAACUAGCCUUGAAAGUGUUGGCUCUUUAAACACCGGACCAUUGGAAUAUCAUCCUUAAUGUCAAUUUUAUAUUUAUAGGUCUGAAUUUGACAAGCGCAUGGUGUUGUGGUUAGUGACCCUGACGAAGGUCCCGGGUUCGAUCCCCGGCCGGGGCAGAUAUUUGUUUAUAUAAGACAGAUAUUUGUACUCGGGUUGGAUCUGUUUCUCAUAUACCCAUGUCGAAGAGUUGACCACCGUAUAUUUACUUAUGUCAAUGUUAGUAUAUAAUUUAUUUACAUACGUACUUAGAUAUAUGUGAUGUCCUGUCUUAUAGAUAUAGGUAGGCAUUUUUACGAAAUAUUUUACUAAAACCUCAAAGGUUCCUAUGUUAUUUACUUUUAUUGAAACCACUAUUUAUAUUUUAUAUGUUAUUUUUUAGUCUUAAAUAGCCACUACUGAGUAGUGACUACCUACUAGUGACUGAGUGGAUGACUAUUGAACUGAAUCGUUCUGCUGCCAGUUUCAAUAACUAUCUACCGAUGACUGGUAGUUACUUUCAUACUACUUUGACACAUAAGAGACACAUAAGUUACAACCUGUCAAAAUCGUAUGAAAGUAACUACCAGUCAUCGGUAGAUAGAGUUAUUGAAACUGGCAGUAAUUGUAUAGUAGCCAUUGAAAUAAUUCAAGUAUAAAAAUAUCACAAAAGGUUUUAUUAGUUCGAGCAGCGUUAAGUGAACGAGAUAACUAUAACGAGUAAGUCGCAAAGGCAUUCCAUCCGUUUGUAUUAAGUAAGUACCUAUGUACUGGCGGCAUACAGGUUUAAGUUUAAUUUUAAAUGUUCGAACUGUGUAAAAACUCGGAUUCCGCAUGCAGAUUGAUUAAUCACCAAAGGAGCGAGACGCAGCCAAUCAUUGCACUAUAAUAACAUCAGCCAAUAAUUUUAAUUUAUUUUCUAUUGGUACCUACUAACUAGUUAUUAUUCAGUUCUCGUGGCUGAGUCAACCUCUUGAUGUUAAUGAUACUUACAUACAUAAUGUAGCUCUUUUUUAACUGUAACUCUAUGUAAUGGGGCUACCCUUGACUGAAAUUGCAUUUGUAUGAACAAAUCCUUUUAAGACAGUAGCAGAUCUUAUAGGUAUCUAAUUCUUCAUUAAAGUAUAGUUUAAUAUUUGAUACCUAAUUAAUGAAUUUCCUAAUAGUCCUUAUUUAUAUGUAAGUAAGUAUAAUAUAUGUGUUUUUAUACAAUAUUUGCUGAUAGCCAAAUUAUUGUUAAGGAAAAAGAUAACUAUGCCUAAAUAAGUUAUGUACGUCGUAGGAUUAACUGUAGCAUACCUAACUAACUAUUAUUGCUGAAACUGCGUUAAGCGGACACCCAGUUAUGUGGUCGUGGUUUCGAUUUUUUUCUACUGUCUCGGCGCAGGUUAGCCUUUACAAUCUGUCAUUGUGGAACUUUUUUUAUUUAACUUAAAAAAAUCUGUGCCAUUUAUUGAAUUUUGAGUAUUUUUAAGUUAAGUUUUCUUAAUUUGGGUAAGUACCUACCUACAUAAAACAAAUAUGAUCGAAAAUAAUAAUGAUAAAAUUUGUACUUUUUAGAUAGAAAACAAAACCACGUCCCGAUGACCGCUAAACGCAGCGGAAGCCCUUCUAAAAUAAGGUUUAUAAAUUAUAAAUGUUGUGUUUUAAAAACCGUGGACCAAGUAAACGGAGUUCACCGAUUGGUUUAUACCUAUUUUAUAAUGAAAUUAUUAUUUUUAUGUUAAAAUGAUUUUAUAAAUAAAAAUAUACCUAUCUACCUAGUCUUGCA